CUAAGUGGGGGGCGGACGUACAUUUUCAGCCUUGCUCGGUUGCCUUCCAUCUUGAAAACCAGCUCGACUUCUCCUCUAACAAUUCGGGAAGACUUCAAGGAAUGCAUGAUCAUGGUUGACGAUCCCUUCGACGACUGGUAUAGCAGCCAUAUCGACGUCGAGGCAGGCGGAGAGUACAAGCCCGGGGAGUUCAACUUCUAUGUUAUCGACCAUGAUGCUGGCUCAGAACAUCCAGCAAAAGCGAUACAGGUUCAGCCAGACGGCGUGGAUGCUUGGGUCAACCAGCGUGAAGCAGUUCGUUGUGGAUACUGAUGCGUUGAAUCGUACUGACUUGCUUCAGGCUCCUGCAAAAGUCCCGGGAGUGAACAUCCUGUGAGUUGGGUGUGGGUGCAAACUGUUGUGGCACAACUCAUGGUCAAAUGUCUAGUGUUGCUCAACACGAGAGACUGUUCCAUACCGUUGACAAGGAAAGAGAUCUAUUCACUUAUCGCUGGCUGCCUUUCAGUCCCGCCCACUACAAGAGCAUAAUCACUAAACUACGCCUUCCACAGCAAUAUUUUCAAGUUCGCACCACUGGCGGUGCCCAUGCAGGAGGAGCCGCCUAUCGAACCUAUAGAGACGAGAAAGGUCGGGUACUACGAACCUCUCUGAUCGUGCGAGCUUCUAGUAGCGAUAGAAAUAAACAUCACGCGCCUGUGACCUUAACACUCUCAUGGUCAGCGCCGACUGGCCGUACAACAGGGUAUAUCAACGGCAUAUCGCCGUCAGACUUACAAUCUUUCGUGAACCUUAUCAACUCCUGCACCACCUUUCUCGGCCACCCUCUUACCGUCGCGGAGAUAUUUCUGCACCUCAUCGUCAGAAAUUUGAAUGAGGUUAUACGCCUUCCGGAAGAAGAGAGAUACUACGUGGACGAGAUACGGACCGGUCUGGCUGAAGCUCAAAUAAACCCUUCCAAGACGGGAAACCAUGUUGUUUGGGGUUGGAAAUUCCAGGAUUUUCUUGACUCGACCACGAGAGCUAAUAUGUUUCUCACGACUUUGGCUUACCUGCAACGACGGUUUCAAUUCGCUCACCAAGUCUACGGGCGACUGCUGAAUAUCUUGGAGGAGUUCGAAACGUAUGAAUUCGAGAGUCCGAACACGAAGGUUUUACUGGAGCGUGGCGCCAAUGAACGUAGGGAAAGACUCACAAACAGGCUCAAUGACGUGGAGAACUACCAGCAUCAAUGCCAAUGUAUGCAAAUGCGAGCAGAGAACAUGAUCAAAGUGCUAUAUACAGUGCUGUCCCAAAUCGACAGUCGAACCCAAAGUCGCAUGGCCCAAGCCAACCUCGGAAUUGCACAAGCAGUGCGGAGUGACAGCAUCCCCAUCCGAACCAUUGCAUAUGUGAGUCUUGUCUUCCUACCCGGCACCUUCAUCGCUUCCAUUUUUGGGACGAACUUCUUUGGUUUCGAAGCUCAAACACGCUCCUUGACGGUCGCUGCGUCGUUCUGGAAGUAUUGGGCCAUAACGAUUCCCGUCACUAUCUGUGUUCUGCUACUGUGGAAUUUCUGGGUCUGGUGGGAGAAGAGAUAUGUCAUUGCGCCGAGGGAGAAUGAGUUGGAGCAUCCGCUUGGAAGCCCACUUGCCAAUGAAACCGGCAUCGGCAACAUCAUUCAAGGGGAGAGGACUCAGGGUCAGGGGGCGAAAGAUAGGAUUUGAAGAGUUCUCUUAUCCGGCAACAUCUCGACCGUCAUGUGUCUCGCUCGGCGAAAGAGACAACGAACCGCUUCCAUCCCCGGAAACCAGCACACAUGCUAGCUUCGAGAGUAUCCAUGGUCGAGAGAUAUUUGAAACAGGUCAAAAUGUCUUUCACGGUCAUUCAAGUAUCUGCUGCCCUAGUAUACGCUCCAUUCACCUCAUCUAUUUCGAGGAACGGCAAUUGUGAGGGGUGGUACAUGGCUAUGUGUGCCAUGUCGGCCAAUGGCAAGGCUUUCCACGCACGGCUUCCUUUAUAUGGAUAGAGAGACAACGAACACGGCGUCCGCGGUGAUAAAAAUAAAGGUUGCGC